UCAAUCCACUAUCCAAUCCAUUUCCUGCUGUCUGCAGUUUUAAAAACAUGUCCGGAGACGAGCAGCUUCCUAGUGGCUGGGAAAAACGGCUCAGCCGUUCCACAGGUGAGCCCUAUUACCUGAACAUAUACACUAAGGAGAGCCAAUGGGAAGCUCCUACAGCGCCAGCAGACCCAGGAUCCCUAAAGAAGGAGGAGGGUAAGGAUCAGGUGUGGUGCUCGCACAUCUUGGUGAAGCACAAGGACUCCAGACGGCCCUCCUCCUGGAAAGAACCAAACAUCACCCGUUCUAAAGAGGAGGCUCUGAAGAUCAUCCAAGAUAUUAGGGCACAGAUCUCAGCGGGAGCAGAUUUUGGAGAACUGGCAGCUCAGCACAGCGACUGCUCAUCUGCCAAGCGUCAAGGAGACCUGGGCGUAUUUGGCCGUGGCGCCAUGCAAAAGCCUUUCGAAGACGCUUCGUUCGCGCUGCCCGUGGGGCAACUCUCCGAACCAGUCUUUACGGACUCUGGCGUCCACCUUAUCUUGCGCAGGAGUUAGUCGAGGCCUCAAACCUGAGUGUUCGGAUGCAGCAAAGGUGCCGCAGAAAUAGGGAUAUCUUUUCGUUCCAGACAUCUUGGGAGGAACCCAAAUACCACUAUGCUGACUUUUUUUUUUUUCCCCUGUUACUGUGUUAAUAAAGUUGAUGGUAAAUUAUGCAGUACACAA